GUAAAAUCAUUCAAAAUCCUCAGACUUCGUGCAACUUCCAGGGACAAUGUUCUGAACAGUCCAGAUUUCGCUUCGACAGUUCGCCGGCACGCGUCUAUUUGAGAAAGGAGGAGAGUGGUGCUCUUAUCGUGACUUUGAGAUAAAUAAUUAGUAUCUAGGUAGUUUCGAAAUGAUCAAGGAAAAAGAGAACGAGAAAGUCGAUGUCCUGGAUGAUCUAAUGAACAACUUGGGGGACUGGGGCAGAUAUCAAUGGUGGCAAUUUGUUCUUCAUAUCCUGUCCGCCCUUGUUGCUGGCUUGCACAUGUUGUCUCUGGUGACAAUAGCAGCCGUACCAGAACACAGAUGUGAAAUUCCAAAUGUUGACAUUAAUAAAACUAUGACCGAGCUCAACUUCACCACCCUGGCAAGAUACAUUCCACUGAAGUCUGUAGAUAAAAUAGAUUCCUGUUCAAUAUACGACAUUGUCUCUAAUGAAACAGUAAAAUGCAACUCUUGGGUGUAUAACAGUACAUAUCAUCCUACAUCUAGAGCCAUAGAUUGGAAUUUUGUUUGCGACAGAAGAUGGAUGGGAGCUGUAGCUCAAACCACUUACAUGUUGGGGGUGUUCGUUGGCUGUAUUACCUUGGGAAACCUGGCUGAUAAGAUAGGAAGGAAGCCGGUGUACUGUUGGUCAGCCCUGAUCACUCUGAUUCUUGGUGUUGGUGUCGCUUUUACAACCAAUUUCUACAUGUUCCUGGCUGUUCGAUUCAUUUUCGGAAUUUUCGCUUCUGCUGGAGCUUACCUAGCAGGAUUUGUACUGACAAUGGAGUUGGUAGGACCAAGUAAACGUUCUGUUUGUGGGAUAGCAUUUCAAGGAGUUUUCGCGACUGGAAUCAUGCUUGUAGCUUUUUGGGGAGCUUUUAUUAAAGAAAGGCAAACCCUUCAAAUAGUAUAUGGCCUACACGGACUGCUUCUGGUGGUACACUGGUGGGCAAUGGACGAAUCGCCAAGAUGGCUUUGGGCCAACGGAAGAUACAAAGAAAGCGUCGAUAUUGUACAUAAGGCUUUGGAGUUUAAUGGCAGCCCGAUAACUAUAAAUAAAGCUGAUUACGUAUCCAAAGGUCAAGCUCAACAACGAACCACAACUACUAGCGAUGCUGGUCUCAUGGAUCUUUUCAAGACCCCGAAUCUGAGGAGCAGAACUUUGAACAUCAGUUUAUGUUGGUUCGCCAACUCUUUGGUAUAUUACGGAUUGUCUUUGAGUUCCGGAAAUAUUAAAGGAAAUCCUUUCUUCAUUCUAUUCGUAAUGGGAUUAAUAGAAAUUCCUGGAAACAUUUUAACUAUAAUGUUGAUGGAUAGACUUGGAAGAAGACUCCUCACUUCAUUCAACAUGAUACUGGGCGGAUUGUGCUGUAUAGUCGCGGUCAGUAUCACAAUAGGUAGCGUCGCCUCGACUACUUUCGUAUUUCUCGGUAAAUUUCUGAUAGCCUGUUCCUUCGCCAUUAUUUACAACUAUUCGGCUGAAUUGUUUCCGACAGUCAUCAGAAAUUCAGCAUUAGGUCUUGGAGGAAUGUGGGCCAGGAUUUCUGGUGCUCUAACUCCUUUAAUAACACUUUUGGAUUCUUUCGACCCAAAAAUUCCUUGCAUGAUUUUUGCCGUAAUUGCAAUCGUGUCAGGAUUUUUGACCAUGUUUUUGCCGGAAACUUUGGGCAAAGAAAUGCCGUCAACAAUAGAAGAUGGGGAAAAUUUCGGUAUCGGAGAUACGUGUUUCAGUAAUUUUUUGGGUAAGAGGAAAGUGUAUGAUAAAAAUGAAAACGGUACGAAGAUUGCGAUGGCUGAACAGUUGAAACCCUUGAACUCUGCUACAGUUUGAGUUGGAAAACGGAGAAUUAAAUAAAACAAGAAAACAACUUUAAAAAACAAAAGAAUACGCAUAACGUAGGUACGAGGUACAAACCAUUAUUUCUUCCGUUCACUUAAGUAAUCAGGCCGAUAUGAUCAAAAAAUGUCCUUCUUUAUGAAUCUAUACUUUAAUUUAAUUGUUUGUAAUGAAAAUCGAGUACUUUUUUUUCUAUGCAAACUGCUUAGAACACAUAGUAUUUGAAUCCCAUUAAUUAUCAUCAGAUUAUGGAUUCAUAAUUUAAUAGUAAAACCUAAAAAAAAUGAGAUCAUUCAUCUGAAAAAAUUUCCUAUGGAGUUCGAAAGUUUGGGCUAAAAUGCAUCCUUGUGCUACAUCCUGUACAGCAAAAAAUCUUUUCGGAAUUUUCGCAGUCUCAGCAUUCGAACGUACGACUUCUACUACGCUAACCAUACUUGGGAUUAUAAUCAUCCAAAUCAAUGCAAAAAAAAAGUAAUUAUGUUAUAGAAGAAGAAAAUAGAGUAUCCCUUUGAAUGAACGUAGGUCAAUGUAAAUAAAUCUCUCGUUUUUAAUUUUCCGUUUUACGAAUAAUAUUUUGGUAGAUACCUAUAUAAAUACUUUAUACAAAUCCAAGUAUUCUGUUGUCUUAUUAUUUAUUUAAAAUUAAACGUUCUUUCAUGCAGAAAAGUAGAAAAGACUCAUUGAAUGUGAUGGAAUAUAAUACCAUAUUUUCAAUAAACCUCCACUGAUGUUAAAAAUAUGGGUUCUGUUCCUAUAUUUUUAGUGAAUAUUAUUCUCGUAAUUCUAGUCAGAGUUAUGUAUUGAUUAUUAUCGUUAUCUUAUGUUUCAAUUAUCUGAAACUGCAGAUAACUGAAUUCUUUCUGUAAAAUAUAUUCUUUCAUUUACUGAAAUUAAUGAUCCAUUAAUGAUAGUUUUCGCACUUUCAUUGAUGGGUAUUUUGUAUGUGUAUAUAUGAUUUUGUAGUAUUCUAACAAUUUUUAGAAUAAAUCUUCAUUUCCUAA